AUGGCUCAUUCAAAAGAUGUCGAUCCAAAGCAAGAAAUGUCUGAAUUGAUUAGACGACGUUCUGAAGUUUUGCAAAAAUUGUCCAAUUUGGAAAAACAAAUAUACAAUUUUGAGACUACUUAUCUUGAAGAAUCUUCUGAAAAUGGGAAUAUUAUUAAAGGUUUCAACAAAUUAUUGGAAUCUGCAGUUGCUGGAAUAUCUUCAGGCGCAGCAUUAAAUUUAGUUUCUGGGCAUUCUAAGGGCCGACGGCCUCCAAAGAGACAUUUUGAGGAAACUGACAGAUUUUUUUCUUUGUCUUCGGUUACUUCGCCUGUUUCGCUUAGUUUAAAUUUAAAUGCUUCUGCUGAUGGUUUGGUUAAUGAGUCUUCUCAAAAUGGAAUUUUACAAAAGAAUAUUCUUACAAACGGAGAUAAACAAUUUACCAAAAACAAUCCAAAUACUCGAUCACACGAUCAAAAUUGUGACAAUAUUGCAAAAUCUGCAGAUGCCGAACAGCAGAAUGUUGGUGGGGGAGGGGGAGGGUUGGUUUCGACAUCGACACUUAAACGGGCUCGCCGUGUUAAUGAAUGAAUUUUGUUUUGUUUUGAUGGAUGGUUUUGACUUUAAAAAAAUAUUUUAUUUUAUUGCUACAUCUACUAUACACACAAAACUGUUUUUACCGUUACUUUUUUUAACUCAAUUUCUAGUAAAAAAAUUUUGAGGAUUUUUAUUUUAACUUUGUUGGUGGAAGUACCUUUAAUUUAUUUUCUCUUUUAUUUUUUAUUCUUUUCCUUUAAUGCAUUUAGAGUUUGCAAAAGUUG